AUGGAGUCCAAAAAGACCAAAUACAUCCACAAGGUUGGAUCCAAUUCGGGCACCAUUGAGCUGCCCAUUGGGGGCCACAAUAGCGAUUCCGAUGAUUUAGAUUUAGACACAAACUCCGACGGGCUUCAAGGCGACAGUGACGAGGAGAGCAAAAACGGAGACAAUCAAACCUCUUCAGACGACGAUGAUUAUCGAGAAGGAGACAAGAAUUCUGAUGCAAAUCAACAUCAAAUGAGACUCAUUCAUAAAAGCGGCCAAUCCGACCAGGAGAUGGACGAUGAGGAUGGAAUUUUGGAUGAAGAGUUUUCUGAAGCCGAAACCGACUUUACUCCGUUCAAUAUGAAAAAUGAGCUGGAGCAGGGCGAACUAGAUACGCUUUCCUUUUAUAAUAAGAAAAAAUCCCCCGACCAAGGCGAUGAGUCGUGGAUAUAUAAAGCCUCGGCAGAGGAUACCGAAAAGGCAAUGGCAGGAAGCCCGUCUACAAAAGAGAUCCCUAUUUGGAUAUAUGAUAAAUCCCUUGGACGAUACAUCGAGGGCUUCAUUAAAUCCCAAUCUUCGACCUCACCAUCCUACGCUGAUGCCAUGAAAGACGACUCGUCAAGCGAUGAAAGCAUAGAUGUCCACUUUAUGGAUUCAAGCAAAUCAAUUAAAGUUUUAAAAAGAAUUAUCCAGUUGAAAAAUCCGGAAAAAUACGAAUAUCCUGUUGACCUUGCUUAUUUGACGUUUUUGAACGAGGCCUCGAUUGUGCAUGUUCUUUCCCAUCGCUACAUGAACGACUUGAUGUACACUUUUUCUGGAAUCUUUUUGAUCUCAAUCAAUCCCUAUCGGCAAGUUCCAAAUCUAUAUUCGGACUCUGUGGUCAGCCACUACCAAGCAGCAUCUUGUGAGCCUCAAAAGCAACAGCCACACAUAUUUGCAGUAGCCGCUUCGGCAUACAACAAUCUCAGGGAAUUCAAAACCAACCAAUCGAUCCUGGUUACUGGGGAGAGCGGUUCUGGGAAAACGGAGAAUACCAAAAAACUGUGCCAGUUUUUUGCUACCCGCGGCUCUAAUUGUAGCAGCUCGAUUGAGGCGCUUAUAAACCUGACAAAUCCCAUUCUGGAAAGCUUUGGAAAUGCAAAGACCAUCAGAAACAACAAUUCAUCCAGAUUUGGGAAAUACAUCCGUCUUCAGUUCUCUAGCCAAGGCGAGCUCAGCGGAGCCAAUAUUGACUGCUACCUUCUGGAAAAAAGUAGGGUCACGCAUCACGCCCCAUUGGAACGGUCUUUCCAUGUGUUUUAUCAGCUGAUUUAUGGCGCCAAUAAUUUGGACGACUAUUUGUUGCUAAAGCCUAACGACCAGUUUGACAUAUCCCCUCAACAGGACAUCGAUAAUUUUAAAGAGCUAAUUCACGCGUUUGAGGCGCUUGGAAUUGCGUAUGAAGAGUAUCUUUUUUAUUUCAAAUCCAUUGCCGUGAUUCUUCACCUUGGCAAUGUUCAAAUAUCGUGUCGAAAUGAGAAUGAGAAUGAAACAUACGUUUUGGAUCCCAAGCACUUGGAGCAUGUAAUGGCGCUUUUGGGUCUCCCGUCUACGGAAACACUGAUAUCGUCUAUUUUGAAGCCAAACAUCACGGCAGGAAGAGAUGUCGUCGUCAAAGGACUCACUUGCGAUCAGAUAUCAGAGUCUCUGGGGACGUUUAUGAGAUCGCUUUAUGAGCGUACAUUUAAUUCCAUCAUUUCGCGGCUCAACUCGAUUUUCUAUAAACAGGAACACUCUGCUCGGUUCAUUGGCCUUUUGGAUAUGGCUGGGUUUGAAAUCUUUGAGAAAAACUCGUUUGAACAGCUUUGCAUCAACUACACAAACGAAAAGCUACAGCAGUUUUUCAAUCAGCACAUGUUCCAUCGUGAGCAAUUGGAGUACAAAAAUGAGGGCAUUGACUGGAACUACAUUGACUACGGGCUUGACUUGCAGCCCACCAUCGACUUGCUUGAAAAGUCGUCGCCGGCAGGUAUCUUUUCCCUGCUCGACGAAGAGUGCGUACUGCCAAUGACAUCCGACAGCUCUUUCACGGAAAAGGUAACUUCUAGUUGGAAGGGAAAGUCCAUUAAAUUCGAGCAGCAUCGCUUUUCUUCCAACAAAGGGUUUUUUCUGACCCACUAUGCAGGCAAGGUGCAAUACUCGACCGAUGGCUGGAUAUCUAAGAACAAGGAUCCCAUCAACGAAACGCUGUCUGCCUUGAUGACCACCUCAAGUGUUAGCUAUUAUGUGUCCCUAUUUUCUGAUUUUCAGUCUGCCACCAGAACCUCGGUUCCUGGGACCGGCUGCUUUUUCAAGACGUUAUUGCAAAAGUACAAGGAGCAGCUUAAUACGCUGAUGCUAAACCUGCAUUCUUGUAGCCCCCAUUUUGUUCGCUGCAUCGUGCCAAAUAAGACAAAGUCGCCAUUUCUAAUUAACCACUCCUACGUGAUUGACCAGCUCAACUGCAAUGGCGUUCUUGAGGGAAUAAGAAUUUGCCGCAACGGCUACCCCAAUCGAUUGUUUUUUUCGGACUUCAAGCGAAGCUACUUUAUUCUCUCAAAAGAGUGCAUGGCAAACCUGUUGCAUUCUGACGAUAAAAGCCUGUGCAAAAUUAUUUUGGAAGAGUUUCAAUCGCUGUUGCCGCAAAACUCGUACCAAAUUGGAAAGUCCAAAAUCAUGUUCAAGGCUGGCGUGUUGGCGAUACUUGAAUCCCAUCGAGAUCAUAUCAUUUCUUCGAUGAUUUCUUCUUUCCAGGCUGUUGCUAGCAAUUUGUUGUGCAUGCAAAGACUGAGCUCCAAGUCGGAGACAGCAAAGGCCGUCGGUCUUGUUGGCUCGUAUCUCAAGGAAAUUAACGGGUUUUAUAACUGGCCAUGGUGGAAGGUUAUUUCAUCAAUCAAGCCGAUCUUGGAAAGCCGCCACGUCGAGAUGCAAACGAAGCUCGUAAAUGAAGAGAUAGCAUCUCUUCAAGCCGAAAGACUCGAGCUGAUAGCAAAAAUCAACGCGCUUGGAUGUGAAAACGAGGAGCUAAGGCUAAAUAUUGCCACCAAAAGUGAAGAUCUUGAGCUUGUUUCGUCCUCUUAUAGCGAGGUUAGCUGUGCAAAAGACUUGCUGGCCAAGGUGAAUGAUGAGCAAACACAGGAAAUUUCCAGACUAAGAUCAAACAUGGAGUGUUCUUCCGAGUCUUUCAAGGCUCAAAUUGACGAACAGCUUGGUAAGGUCCAAACUUUGCAAGACAUUGUGUCUUCAUUGACAGACGAAAAUUUCAAUUUGACCGCCAAUUUAAAGGAGCAGGAACAGAAUGUUGAAAGCAUCUCCCAAAAAGCAUGCUUGUUGGAGUCAAAAAACCAGGAAUCUGAACAUAGGAUUUGCGAGCUCGAAAAUGAAAUAGAGUCCCUCACUUUGCAAAACCAAGAUUUUGCCAGUUCAAAUCAUAGUCACAUGGUUGAAAUUGAAAGGCUAAAAGCAGAUCUGGAGUCCACAAAUAGAAGACACGAGGCAUACAGGACCGAAUUGACCUCCCAGCUCGAUGAUUUCAAGCAAAAAUACUCGGUGUCCGUCAAUCAGCUUCGGACAGAAAAUUCGGCGCUAUCUUCAAAGCUGCAAGAAAGUGAAAAGAUGGCGCGCGACACCAAUGAAUCUUUACAGCUCAGCAUUUCGACCAAAAAGGACACCGAGCUUGAUGCAAAAGAUAGAGAGCUAAAGCUUCUUUCGCAAAAAUACAUUUCGCUUUGCGAUAAUCAUGCCUGGGCCCAGAAAUCGAUCGAGGAACUCAAGAACAAAGUGUUCCACAUCGAUUCUCUUUUGUUGAAAAAUGAAGCCGAAUACUUGCAAAAUGUUUCCAACUUUGAGGCGAAAAAUUAUACUUUGUCGUCUGAACUGUCAUCCGCGACUUACAAGCUCCAAGAUUUCGAGGAAAAAUAUUCGCGAAUCAAAGAAACUGCGGAAAGCACGCUUUUGUGCUUGAAUGAGGCCCAGGAGAGUCUAUUGCUCGUUCAAAGGGAAAAUGACCAGCUGCAAGAGACCAUUUGUUCGCUAACGAAGAGUUUGCACCAGGCCCAUUCAAACUUGCAGGAUUCAAAAUCCGAACUUACUUCUCUUGAAAAGCGACACACCCAAGAGGUGGAAUAUCGCCAGAACCUGCAAUGUGAACUGAAAGAGUCUUCCAUUAGAAUCACGGAAUUGGAAUCGCAGCUCUUUUGCUAUAAAAAGCAAGUUUCCGAAUUGAAAGCCAACGAUGAGGAGGUCAGCAUAUCUUAUGAAAGGAAGGUUUCUUCUUUGGAGAAAAAGCUGCUCAAACUUGAAAACAAGGUGCUUUCUUUGCAGGAAACCCUUGCACAGGUCGAAGUAGAAAGAAAAACUCUCAUCAAUGACAAGUUGUCUUAUGAAUGUAAAAUCUCACUGCUCGAGCUAAAUUUGAGCGACGUUUCUUCUCACCUUGAAGCGUCGACGGCACAAAUCGGAAUUUUAAAAGACGAAUCAGCCUCGCUGUUAUUUUUGAUCUCUUCUCUUGAAAAGGACAAGAUAGACAUGCAAGAUCAGCUUAGAUCUUUGCACGAGCAACAUGAUGCUGAAAAACAGGAGUCUCAAAAAACAAUGGACUCUCUUAAUGACGAAAUUGUGCAAUUAAACUCGAAACUUUCGGAUCUCAAAUCGGCCCUUGAUGAGAAUGUUAAAACCAUUGAGGAGCUUCAUCGUCAAGAAGAAUGCUUGCGAGAGGCACAUAAAAUAUCGAUGCUUUCAACUUCCGAAAAAGAGGCUCAAUUAAACGAAUCGCUGGCCGAUGUUAACGAAAGGCUCGUAAAGUAUGAGAAGGGACAACUAUUUGCAAACGAGCUGCUUGAAAAAGUAAAGGAAUAUGAGCAAACUAUCGAGUCUCUGAAGGACGAAAACUCUUCUUUAGGAACAAGUAUCUACGGCCUGCACUCGGAAAAGGAUAUUUUGCAGUCCACGCUAAGGCUAACAGAGGACGAGUUUCGGUGUCUCCAGCGUGUUCAUGACACGCUACUGCAAAAAUACAAGGAUGCACAAUCUUUAUCGGAUAAAAUUUCUUUACAACUGAAGCAACAAGAAAAGGCUUUCGAUUCCAUCGUUGAUGAUAAAAUUUUGGCUCUUUCGCAAGAGCACGCCAAGGAGCGCGAUAGAAUCAAAACCGAAUACAACACCAAAAUUUCCAAUAUCCGUGCCGAGAAUUCGGCAAACCUUGCUGUGCUGAUUUCCGCGAAAUCGGAGCUUGAAAAGAACUUGAAACAAUUGCAGCACGAGGUAAAAGUGAAGGAGCAAUCUAUCAGCAAUUUGACGGGUGAUGUUGAUUCGCUUAAUAGGUCGACGGAUAUUUUGAACAAAAAGCAUUUGGACCUUCAGGUUGCAUUGGAAAAGGAAACAAAGCAAUGCACCACUUACUUGAAGGAGCUGGAUGAAAAGGACAAGGUCAUAUUUGCCAGAGAUGAUGCCAUUGAAGCAGUUUCGCAGAAGGUUGAAUUUUUAUCUGCAACCCUGCGUGCGCUUGAGCAAGACCAUUCAAACUUGGAACUCCAGGUUGAAGAAAAAUCUUCGCUCCUGAUCAGUGCAAACGCUCAGGUGGACAAGUUGGAAGCACAGCUUUCCAAAUUAUCGCUUCUGUCUUCCGAACUAUCCAAAGAAAACUCGGUCUUGCAAGAUGAACUGUGCAUGGCGCGCCAGUUGAAUACAACCAGUCUGGCAGAUGCAAACGAAAACAUCUCGACAUAUUUGAACCUUCUGACCGAAAUCGAUGAGAAGCUCCAAAUCAAAACAGACGAACUCGAUGCGAUGCAAGAGCAGCUUGCUCAGGAGAAACUAUCAAACAAUCUGCUUACUUCAGACCUGGAUCAUUACAUGAGCAAGCUCAAAUCGCAAGAAAUCUGCAACGGGGAGCUUUUAUUUGCCUUGAAAAGCGCCGAACACGAGCUAAACACUCUGAAUGAGAGGUUCGCAUUUCAAUCCCAAAAUUUGGAUGAAUUAAAGUCUGUGAUUGUGUCGAAAUCGGUUCAAAUCGAAGAUCAGAAUCUGUCAUUGACCAGGCAGAAAAACCUGAUCAAGGAGCUGGAAGAGACAAACAAGUUUUUAACCCAAUCUCUUCACUCCGCUACGGAAGACUUGGACUCUAUUGCUACCGAAAAGGGCGCAAUUAAUCUCGGCUACUUGGAGCUUGAGCAAAAGCUGGCCUCGCUCAAAAAAGACUACGAUUCGGUGGCCUCCGAUUUGGAGCUAGAAAAAACCAUGAAGAAUGAUCGCGUUUCGAUCGUAAACAAUCUGAGAAAUCACAACCUCUCUUUGGAGAGCAUGCUUUGCGUGGAAAGAUCUCGCGUCAAGGAUCUGGAAAAGGAAAAGGGCAAGCUUUCGCUACUAGAAUCAGAUGCAGCUGCAUCGAGCGAUGCAAGCAAGGAGGACGAGGACGAAAUAUACAGUGUGCUGUUUUCCAAUGGCUCGUUAGCAAGAGCCCCUUCCAUAAUGUCGCUCUCGGCCAAUGGGCGCCGAAAUGUGUCGCCCUCUCCAUUGAGGCCGCUAAAUUCGUCAAUCCAUAUGGCGGACUCGGUCAGUUCGCUGGCAAAAUCGCCGGUCUACCUUACUCUUCGUAAGCAGCUGGAUGAAUUUCGGCAGAUCAUCUCCACCCUUUCGAAGGAAAAAACUGCGCUUUUGGCCACUUGCCAAGAAUUGCAAAAGAAGAUUUCUGUUUUGCAGUUGAAUUCGGAAGGCUCUCCUCUGGGAGCAGACUCGCUGCAGGACGUUCUGCACAAAUCAAAUGCCAAUCUGCUGACUUGUGUAAACACCGGAAACUAUUCCAUCGUAAAGUCGCAUCAAUCUCUUCAUCUGAAGUCACCUGUCAUAUCAAAUGACCUUUCAAGACUCGAUGUGGUUGUGUCUGAAGAGGCUUGCACCGAAAAUAAUUGA